GGCUAACAAAUAACCCAAAUAAAGGUAAAAGUGAUAAAACUACAAUAGUUUCUUUAAAAUAGCAUAACAAGGAAGCUUAUUUAAGAUGCAAAUGAUCCAAAUAUGUAUACCAAUUCGUUUAUAUACAAAUAUAACGAUUUUAAUCUAAUAAAGACGCAUACAGGCAAACAUUUUAAAUAUUCCAGAUUCCAGAAUUAUGAUGUAUUUAUGAAAUAAAGUAUUAUUAUUUAUGUAGUUUCUUUUAAAAGAUUUUCUUUGUUAAAAUAAUGUCAAAAUUUAUUUUACGUUUUGAAAAAAUUAUAACUACAUUACCCAGAGUUCUAUGGUAGUUUUCUGAUUGGGUGAUACGGAGGAGGCGUUUGUGAUGUAAUCCAACGGCGCGCAAAGCGAGUUGCACCCGGAUUCAUGGCGAUUCGCACGUUUUAUCUCCGAUAAACUUAUUUUUCGACUUCUUUUUAAAAUAUUUUACGUUUAAAAUCUUUAAUUUGACGACGACACAUUCACCCUUUUCACUUAACAGCGGCUUUCCCUAUGUGUUUCUCAGUGAAAGCUAAGCUAAUGUUUGUACUAGUUUGUUUAAAAGUUUAGCUAGCUUCUCACUGGGUCAGCUGCGUUUAAUUAGAUAGAACUGAGAGGAGCAGAAUGACAGGACUGUUGGAGCAUCCAGGAUACGACGAGGAGAGGCUGAGGAGAGCCGCAGAGCAGCUGUCCUGCAGGGAGCUCCAGGCCGGGAUGUUGCUGUCUCUAAUGGGAGAGCCACAGCAGUACUGCUACCCUUCAAUCUUCAUCUACGGUCAUCGCGCUUCAGGAAAGAGCCAUGUAAUAAAUGUUUUGAUGAAGGAGCUGGAGCUGCCUCACGCCACGGUCAGCUGUGUCGAAUGCGUUUCUGUUGCGCUGCUGUUUGAACAAGUGCUGCACUCCUUCUUCGGAUGCGAUGUGGCCUCGCUGCUCCCCCGCAGUCCCUCCCUCACCGACUUUGUGCGCAUUUACCGCCAGCAGUCGCCCGCCCAGCAAACGCGAUACGUCGUUGUGGAAAAAGCUGAACUUCUGCGAGACGCCGAUGCUAACCUCCUCCCUGCUCUCCUCCGCCUCCAGGAGCUGGUGGAGGACAAUGUUACCAUCAUCCUGCUCAGUGAAAUAGUCUGGGACACGUUCAGACCGAACACAGGCUGUUUCGAGCCUCUCCUGCUCCAUUUCCCCGACUACAGUAAAGUUGAGCUGCAGCAGAUUUUGUCCCAGGACAGACAUCCGUCGUAUUCCGCUGAGCUUUACUCCUUCUAUGUCAACAUCCUGCUGGGAGUCUUCUACUCGGUCUGCCGAGACCUCCGAGAGCUGCGACACCUGGCUGCCCUCAACUUUUCAAAGUUCUGCGAGCCGUUGGAAGAAGGGAAAGUGAAGGAAACGGACACACACAAGUUGUGGAAAAACAUCGAGCCUCACCUCAAAAAGGCCAUGCAGACCGUUUACCUCCGGGAGGUGUCCAGUCUUCAGUGGGAGCAGAUGCAGCAAACGGAGGACGAGACGGGAGCUCCGAAAGGUUUAUCGGCUCACACUCACGUCGAACUGCCGUUUUACUCCAAGUUCCUGCUCAUCGCUGCUUAUCUGGCCUCCUACAACCCGGCCCGCACAGAUAAACGCUUUUUUAUGAAGCACCACGGAAAAAUCAAAAAGACCAACUUUUUGAAGAAAAAUGAAAAGACGACUAACCACCUUCUUGGGCCGAAACCCUUCCCUCUGGACCGCCUGCUGGCCAUCUUCUACAGCGUGGUGGACGGCAGAGUCACUCCGACCGCCAGCAUCUUCUCCCAGAUCUCAUCUCUGGUGACCUUGCAGCUGCUGGCUCAGGUGAGUCACGACGACCAGCUCGAUAGCCCCAAGUACAAGUGUGCCGUUUCUCUGGAAUUCAUCUGCAACAUAUCCAGGACGGUGAACUUUGACAUCAUGAAGUAUCUGUACGACUUCCUGUGAGGCGGCGGCGGCGUGCGAGUGAGAGGUGACAGAAAUACAAAGAGAGCUUUCUUUAACCAUCACAACAAUGAGGGAUUUACUCUGUGCUGCUGCCCCCUUGUGGUUGAAAUGGUUACUUGUGUCCAUUAAAUGUUUGCAUUUCUACUAAAUUA